UUGUGGAUGUUGUCUGGCUGACUGCUGUUUUCUUUCAGAUGAAGAAUGCCAUGAACUUGCCUGGCUUUGGAAGCCCGCCCAGGGCAGGGUGCAAAACACACUAGUCUGUUCCAGUACAUCAAGAAACUCUUCCUGACGGAGCAGGCUGGCCGGGCUCAGGCGGUGGACUUCCUGCGCAAGAAUGUGGCCAACUCCAUCUCCAUGGCGAACAUGGUCAUGGGCCUCUCCUCCAUCCUGUGCAGCCUCAACGGGCUGCACCAUCACGCUUGCUGGUUGGUCCUGACUGGGUUCCUGCUGGACCUUGCAGACGGAGCCGUUGCCAGGCAACUGAAUGCCUGCUCAGCCUUGGGUGCUAAACUGGACGACUUUGCAGACUUCACCACCUUUGGUCUGGCGACGGCUCUGCUCUUGCAGGCCCACGGGAUCCUGGACGGGGUGCUGGCCAUUGUGUACGUGCUGGCCGUGUUCACACGUCUCUGCUUCUUCUCCAGUGGGAUCCCCUUCAUGUACCGCGGCCUGCCUUGUCCUUACGGCUCCUCAGUGCUGGCGUCCACCUACCUCCUGACCGGGGGCAACCUCGUGGUGCUGCGCAUCGUUGCCAUGGUGAUGAUCCUCUUCAUGGUGGACCAGGGCUUCUACCCACACGACAAGGUGUUGGAGUCCCAGUCGUGGAAGAAGGCGGUGUACACGGGGGGGGUCGUGGUGGUUUUCUUCUCUGCCUUCCCAACAGCCUCGCUCUACUAUCUCCUGUGGUCCGUUUCAUACAUCUUCUUCCCCACUGCCUUGUGGAGCUACAAAGCGUGAAAGCAGCCACAGCAUCGCGCAGCUGACAUCGUCUUCGCGCACAGCUACAGCGCCGUGUCCGAGGCAGCCCUGUGGUUCAGGCCGAGCGAUCCAGUGUUAACAUCCAUGAGUUGCCUAAAACCUUACUAAAGCUUUCACCGUCCUGACUUGAACGAAAUGGCUUUGGGGUCUCUCCAUCACAUCCUCUAGCGCUGGGUCCUCCAAGCAGGGGGCGC